UGGGGGUGCUCCUCUGUGACCUCUGCGCUUCGCAAAACGACCGCUAAGCGACGCUGUUUCCUCUUUUCCGUUUCUCCACGCAUCUGUCGGCCAGCUCCUUCGGGAUCACGUGACGCAUGUGACCGAGCAGUAUGGCGGACAUGCAUGUGGAGCCUCAAAACAAAUUGUACCGUUUGUUCAGCUAACCCCGCCGCGAGGAAACAUCGAUACCGCGCGCGAAGUCGGGCCGGCGGUGGCCGAAUGGUCAGCAGGAUGGACGAGGACAACAAACUUCAGUUUCCGUCUCUGCCCGAUACCAAGGAGGACCUUCUGGAUUGGGCGUAUCCGAUGAGACGAGAUAUGCAGGAGAUUUUACCAGGACUGUUUUUAGGUCCCUACUCUUCUGCGAUGAAAAGCAAGCUGCCAAUUCUCGAAAGACACGGCAUAACGCACAUUGUGUGCGUCCGCCAAGACAUUGAAGCCAAUUUUAUCAAACCUAAUUUCCCUCACAUGUUUAGAUACCUUGUGUUAGAUAUUGCUGACAGUCCAGUGGAAAAUAUAAUCCGCUUUUUUCCUAUGACUAAAGAAUUCAUUGAUGGCUGCUUAGCAACAGAAGGAAAAGUACUGGUUCAUGGUAAUGCAGGGAUAUCAAGAAGUGCUGCCUUAGUGAUUGCAUAUCUUAUGGAAACAUUCGGUAUGAAAUACAGGGAAGCAUUCAGCCAUGUUCAGGAGAGGAGGUUUUGCAUUAAUCCCAAUGUGGGCUUUGUGCAUCAGCUACAGGAAUAUGAAGCAAUCUACCUAGCCAAACUGACCAUUAAAAGGAUGUCGGUGCAGUUGGACAGGCCGUUCUCACUACAAGCUGGGAUGCCAGGAAGCCGCAAACGCAGCCUGGAGGAAGAUGAAGAUUUUGGAGGGAUGCAGGUCACAGCUGCACAGAACGGAUGAGCUUUGCUGAUAAUGUUUGCUGUGUGGCAGAGUGCACUCGAUUCUUUUCUUUCUUUCUUUUUCAUUUUUAAUGGGAUUAAAAAUGUAAAUAUUUGAACUUUUUCUAAGGGGAAGGGAUCGGGCCAGGACAGGAACUACUCAUGUCUGAGACAUGGAGUACUAAAGGGGACUGGGAACAAUUUGAUAACUAAUUUCUUUCUUUCUUUUUUCUUGAGCUGUAUACACUGAUGGGGGACUUUUUUUUUUCUUUUUUGCAGUUUUAUAGUAUUUAAAGCAUUUUGCAUUUGCAGCGGGACAGUAUUGCAAUAAUGCACUUUCGAUACUUGAAUUUGUGUAGACGAACAGGUGGGGAAAGUUGGCAAAAGGGAAAGUAGCCAAGAUAUUUCCCAGUUAAGGACAUGAGAAGAGGAAUAGCUACGCCUUUAUUUCGGGAGUAAUAGGGUUAUGGACUAAUAUCAGACUUGAUAUGGGAUAGUAAGGAAUAGAAAACUCACUGCUUAAUAAAGUCCUGAGUCCUGUUCAGCUGCGUCCUCAUUUCUGCUCUUCACUGCUUUUAUUAGAUUGCCAAUAAUAAGUCACAUUUAAGAUUCCGCAACAAUAGUUACUGUAGGUCACUCUAUAGUGAUGCUCGAUAAUUAAACAUCAGCAAUGUUGAAACAAUAUUGCAUUAAGAGCAUGAUGGAAGCUAAAUCCCCAUUUUAGUAUCAUUUCCUCUGAUUGACUAGACCUGAUACAUUAAUCUCAAGUGAGAAGAGUAUGGGCUGUUUCUUCAUGAUACAAAAUCAGUUUUAACUGAGGAUAAACUGAUUUCAUUUAUCCCAGCUGACUGGGUGAGAAAUGCACCUUUGGACAGGUUGCCACUCCAACACUGGACUAACAGUGGGACAGUGCCACACCUACAACCAAUUUCAGCAUCUUGCCCAAAGACUUCACUUCAAGACACUGGGGAAUCGGACACCACCUCAACCACAGCAUACCAACGUUUUUGAAUUCCACCACCAUCCUGACCUCCAAAAAAACCACUCCAAAUAUCUCAAAUCAAGUCUUUAGUUAAAACAUGGAGCUGCCUUUUUUGUAGAAAUAAAAAAGCAAAAAAAACAAAUGACCUUAGGCCAAAGAUGAUUUUAUUUGACUACACGUUUUGAAAUAAAUUACAUUAAAUAUGUGCCCCCUCUCUCCAGGAUAAAAGAAUAAUUAUAAAACUUAACUAGAAAAGCUUAAAUAAGAGUUAAUUUAGAAAAAUCAUUUUUACCCACUUCCCAUUACAAAAACCGUUAAAUGCUAAUCCCAUUUGGCAACUUAAGUCAAAACUUAACAGCAUGUUAACAACUUACCAGUACCUCAAAAUAUUUUUCCUCACUUAAUGUGAAACUUUAUAACAGUCUUCAUCGUAGUUCUUGUAAUUUAAAUUUGAUUAGUUACCCAGCUACACAUAAUCUGUAUGACACUGCAUCUUGUACCAAAUAGGAUUAAACAAAAAAAAAGUAAAACAAAUCUUUUGUUCUAAACAAGUUUAGUUUUCUGGCAGCCGUCUGUCAGUUCAAUCACAAUCUACAAUUAAUUCUUAAAGCAUAUUUGGUUUUGAAGUUGCCUUGUAGAGUUGUCUGUUACCUGUAGAUUGUUUUACUUACAUAAUAAGUAAUAUAACUUCAUUUGGUAUCAUCCUGAUCUCCCACAUAGCUGUCAUUACUUACAGUUGCAUGGAAGUCACAUAUAUAAACUGUUCUUUCACUGGUACAUGGAAAAGAAAAACUUCAAGCAAUUUAAAGAAAGAAAAUAGUAUUUUUCUUUUCUAGAUGAUGAGAUGUCAGGUCCACCCUGGUGAGGUAGCCACGGUUACCAAAAGGACAAGGGAUUGUGUUGCACUGAGCUUGAACAUUUGUAAAUGUUUACUCGAGUGUGCUGAAAUCAUGAUAAGUGUUCAUGGAUGACUCAGCUGUGACACAACAGCAACCUCAUCCACGGGAAGCUCCAGUUCUUAAGACAUUCUGCAAGUUCUGAUUAUCACCGGGCGUGCAAAGGUACAGUCCGUUUUUCCCAAAACAGAUUUUUGUUGUUCUUUUUUUUAAACUUCCGUUCUCAGUCAAAAAAUCGACACUGCAUGUAGGUCUCGUCUGACGCAGAGUAGCCAAACUUCUGGUAAAAAGCCACGUUUUUGGGUGCACAUUCAAGAGUGAUUUUAUAGCAAUUCAGUUUUUUGCUGAGAAGAGUAAGAGUCGAGACUAAUCUGUUGGGAUAAAGAAGAGAAGUGAAAAGUUUUAAAAGCAGAAAUCACAAGAUAUAAACUAUUCAAAAUAUAAAACUGUCUUUUGAUAUGUUGGGCAAUAUGUGAAAUAUUAAAGACAAGCCAAAGCCGUGUCUUGACUCACAGUUUGCCCAGCUGCUUCCCUCGGCACACAUCGCUGACGACGACCUCCUCCACCCGGCCUCUCUACAAAUAAAUAUGAUUUUAAUUUACUAAUUGUCAAGAUUAAUAAACAUAUAUGUAUCUCUACAAUGUAAGCUGAGCUUUCCUAGUAAAGGAAAUAAGAGCGCAUUUUGAUUUGAUAAAUUAAAUAAUUAUUAACCAAUUUAUGACCAUAUACUGGGUUAAUAAUUAAAUAUUAGUGUUGUAAUUACCACUACAUUAAUCAGUAACUUUUUUUACGUAACUGGUGAUAAGGAAAACACAGGGAGAAAAACAACAAACAAACAGUUGUGUACUUGAAUAUACACAAAUUUGUGUAGGGUAUACUGUACUUUGGCACAGGAGUGGAUGAAUUUGUGUUCAGUGAUCAGUGUUGCCGUGGCCACGAUCUGACUCAGAUUUGUAUCCUCCACCACGACGACAUAGUAAUCUCCAGUCUUCUUCAUGUGCUCAAAAUUCUCUGUCAAAAAAUAAACAAAAUGUGUGUUUAUGAAUCAUCACUCAUACUUUAAUUAGUUUGUUUUCUAGGAUAUUUCUUUAAAUAUAUAUGAUCGGCUGUCUAAGACACAACAAUAGUUGUGUUAAAUUGAAAAUUAGUCAUUCAAAAUGACACUCAGUUAACAGUUUAUGUUCCAAACUUAAUUAUCUCACUUUUAGAAUAUUUAUAAGACAAGUAUGACUUACUAGUGAACUGCUCUGGUGUGACAUCGCCUGUCUUGGUGAGCUGAGAUAAAACCUUGAAAAAUCCUGGAACGAAAAAGGAUAAAGAGUUAGUGAAAAUUUCUGAAUUGUAACCCAUCUCCUGGGAAUUUCUGAGAUGUUUCAUAUUAUACCCCAAGAAAAAAAAACAUACUGGUGUGGUUUAUGCUGUACAGACUCACCUCUGUUGAAAUCUGCCAUACAGAGUGGCCUCAGCACCAGGCCUUCCCCUGGAUUGCAUGGUGAGAUUGGGGGAGAGAAUGAGGCAGUGUUGCUGCUCCAGUCUAGCUCCCGAAGCAGAGAGGGCUCAAAAAGUGGAGUCUCGUCCAGCAGCAUACCAAAAUCUCUGAAUGGAAAACAUGCACAGAGAGAUGAGUUCAGGGACACACACCCAAAAAAGUAUGUGAGCAAGGCAGUACCCAACUUAUUUGGCUAAUGAAUUGAUACAAGUCAUAAAAAUCAGCCUGGACUGAAAGAGCGUGUGCUCUGGUCAUACAGAACUUUGACCUGACAGUUUCACUUGUUAAAACGUUUCCUCAGGGUUCACAGGUAUGCUUCGGAGGUUGACAAACCAGCUGACACACCCGCGUACAGAUAAUGAUACGUUUCCUGAUGAUUCAUGAUCUGUUCUCCAGGACAGGACCCGGGGCCUGACCAGGAUAUGUAAUAUGAGAGGGCUUUACAGAGCAAGGGAAGAAGGUAACACUGUCGCUGUUGCUGAUGGGAGUCACUCUGAGCCUUUCUGCGACAGAGUUUCCUACUUCUACCACAGGCGUCCUAAAUCUAGUUUCCAUGGCAGCACCAUAAAACAUUACACUUUUACAAGCGUAAUCGUUUCCCGGUUGAGCACGGCAAAGAAAUGAGGGCAAACUGCCCAUGUUCACUAAAACAAAUUACAGUACAGCGACCACAAUGCUUUAGCUAACUAAUGUGACGUUAGCUAGCCAAACGAAACUUGGGUUAUUGAAACAUACUUUGCCAACUAACCCGGCAAAAUACAGGCGUAUGUAAACAGUGUUUCCCCUAUACUGUUAAACGUCUACACGAGGCUACCUUCAUGUAAGCAAACUUAUACAGCCGAGUUAGCGUCGGAGCUGUAUCCUCACAUUUCAUACCAAAUGAUAAAUUUAGCGUUAGCUAAGCAGUUAGCCACCUGGCAGCUACUUACCAAGUAAAAGCCAACACAGCUAGAGAUGGUCCCUCGGAAUCCCCACAGUGAAAUAACCCGCAAUGGUCUUCUCUACUAUAGUUUUGAAUGAGGCUGCGCUACAUCAUUGAGCUGAACACUGUGGCUGCAUUCAGUAUUCAUUUCCGCUUGGCACUAACCCUUGUGUAUGACGUGGCAAAGAUGCAGAGGCGCAACCAACUGACGUCAAUUGAUUAAAAGAAAUCCAGAUGCAAAUAGUUUUCCACAAUACAUCAUGCAUCCAUGCUUUGUGAUGGGCUUGUAUACUCUCAUGAGUUUUGUACAGAAAUACAGUUGUUUUCUGUCAAAAGGAGCACAAAAAACAUACUGAUGUGGUUUAUGCUGUACAUGUACUGCCCACUGGCAAUACGUUUACCAGCUAUAGUUCAGAUCCAUGUGACUGCAUCGCCGCACUCUAAGAACAAUAAUGAGCUGAACUAAAAUGGAUGAGACAAGCUCUUGAUGGCAGAAGUAUUUUUAACUCUUCCCUAUACUGCCAGUAUGUGUUGUUUAAUACAACUGAAGCACUGUUACUCAUAAUUAUACAUAAAUAUUAUCCAGUAAGCUACAGUUGUGAUCAGAAGUUAACAUGUAAUCAUUAUAGAUAUCUGACCACUCUUCCCGGCAGAAUUGGAAAAAAUGUUUAUUUAAAUGGGUUGAUCACCUGGCACAGACCUGGCUUUUAAGUGUGGUCCACAAGUUUUCAGUAGGAUUGAGGUCAGUGCUUUGGGAAGGCCAUUCCAGAAAGUUGGUGCUAGCCUGCUUUAUCUGUUCCAAAACUAGUUUUGAUGUGUGCUUGUCAUUGUUAUCCAAGUUUCAACCAUCUUGCUGUUGAGUUCAGGUGAAGCUGAUCAUUCUGGAGGUAGUCCUUAUUAUUCCAUCCACUUUUUACAACUACUUACCACUUCCACUGAUAGCAAAACAGACCAAUUAAAGAAAACCUUUCUUUAUUUAACAAUCUCAACCUCACUUGUUGAACUUGGGAAUUGAAAGGUUAGGCUGCACUAUUAGGACUGGAGGUUUACAUCUGCAAAGUAAAGCCAGAAAUCCAUGUUGUCUCAAUAAACAGAAGAAAAAGAAAACCCAGUAAACAAAGGAUACAAACCAUCAUUUGUUAAAAAGCUGUAGAAGCUGUUUAUUGAGUCUUUUAUAUUAACAUAUUUUACAAAAACUAGAUUUACAGAAAUUAUCCAUAACUGAACCAUCUUGAUUUAGGCACAAAAAUACCAGAAAGCUCAGUCCAAAAGAAAAUAUUUAAAUUCUGAUUCCAUAGUUAAUGAUUAUGAAAGGUAAUCCAUGCAUAGGAAAAUAUAUCAUGGAUUUUAAAAGUUGCUAAGUAACUGAAUGAAAACCAAACUGUCCAGUUUUAGGUUGUUGUUGUUGUUUUUUUUGUUUUUUUUUAAACAUGUUGACUAAUUAAAACCUUUAAACUAAAAUCUUAUGCUGUAUCUUAUUACAACACUCAAAACAAAAAGUCUGAGCAAUAAAAUGAGCACACAAAGAUAACAACACUUCAGCUUCAGUGGAAGUUUGUGGGCUGUUCUUUGGGAUAAAGUUGAAGAAAACAUAAUCACUUUUAUAGAUGCAUGCAUAUCUCACCCCAAACUGCCUUUUUUCCACUGUAAUGAUAGAAUUCAAACACACUUCAUCAUUAUAUCUGUCGAUAUGCAUCAACCAGCUACAGAUUCAGUGAAAUAUACCAAUACCCAAAAAGCCUCUACGGCUACGUUCAGUUUGCACAGUUGUACAUUUUCAAAAAAAACAAUUUAAACCAGCAGGUGAUUAUGUUCCCCCGCUAGUGUAAUUUCUUAACUAGUAUUCAAUGUAAAUAGACAAAGGCCAAUCAAAUAAAAAACCCGAAAAGUUUAUUCAUGAAGAUUCUCAGUCAUUCGGGUCGCAGAAUAUUUAAACAAGGAGAAAACCAGUUAUUUGCUAAGAAUUUCAUUGGUUUUGCUACAUAUGCAAGAAGCAACACUAUUUCUAGCAAAAGAAGAAAGGGUUCACCGAUAAAACUGACGAAGCCUCUUGAAUUGGUGGCAAAACAAGCAAGUUAAAAUGCACCACAGAAACUCCAUCUGUUGCAGACUUGACAAUUUUUGCCUUUCUUAACAGAUAAAGAUGACCGACACACCCAUUAAUCAACAGAAUAAGAUAUUUUUACCGCGCAGAGGUUCCUGUAGGAAAGACACCACAUGUAACACUCAUUGAUCAUAAUGUAAUACAUCCCUAUUUUCUGCAUAUGCAUCGCAAAGGGACCGGUUUUGGA